AACUGAGGUUUUUCACUUAUUAGCAUUUUCUCUCUAAAAAAUCCCAAAUCCUCAAAUUCACCGGCCUAGCCGCCGGAACCGGAAAACCUCAGUAUCAAUGGAGAAAACUGAACUGAAAGACGAAAAAACCAAAGAAGUAGAAGUAGAAGAGGAACAAGUAGUGAAUCCAUGGGAAGUAUCAGCUAAAGACGGGGGCAAAAUCGACUACGACAAAUUAAUCGACAAAUUUGGUUGCCAGAGACUCGACGAAACCCUAAUUCAAAGAGUUAAACGACUUACAAAUCGAGAACCACAUGUUUUCCUUCGUCGUGGAGUUUUCUUUGCUCAUCGUGAUUUUAAUGAUAUAUUGGAUUCAUAUGAAAAAGGAGAAAAGUUUUAUUUGUAUACUGGAAGAGGACCUUCUUCUGAAGCAUUACAUUUGGGUCAUCUUAUCCCUUUCAUGUUUACAAAGUAUUUGCAGGAUGCUUUUAAGGUGCCACUUGUAAUACAGUUGACUGAUGAUGAGAAAUGUAUGUGGAAGAAUUUGUCAGUGGAAGAAAGCCAAAGACUUGCUCGUGAGAAUGCUAAAGAUAUUAUUGCUUGUGGAUUUGAUGUUUCCAAGACUUUUAUUUUCUCUGAUUUUGAUUAUGUUGGUGGUGCUUUUUACAAGAACAUGGUCAAGGUUGCAAAAUGUGUCACAUACAAUAAGGUUGUUGGCAUAUUUGGUUUCACAGGUGAAGAUCACAUUGGGAAAGUUAGUUUUCCACCAAUUCAGGCUGUUCCAUCCUUCCCCAGUUCAUUUCCUCAUCUGUUUGGCAAUGAUAACAUUCGCUGUUUGAUUCCAUGUGCGAUUGACCAGGAUCCUUAUUUCCGAAUGACUCGAGAUGUUGCUCCUCGGAUAGGCUAUCACAAGCCUGCUUUGAUUGAAUCAUCAUUCUUUCCUGCCCUUCAGGGGGAGAAUGGAAAAAUGUCUGCUAGUGAUCCAAAUUCUGCUAUUUAUGUGACUGAUUCAGCAAAAGAGAUAAAAAACAAGAUAAACAGAUAUGCAUUCUCUGGUGGGCAAGACUCAAUUGAAAAGCACAGAAAGUACGGAGCAAACUUGGAGGUUGAUAUACCAUUUAAAUAUCUUGGCUUUUUUCUGGAUGAUGAUAAAGAGCUGGACCACAUUAGAGAGGAAUAUGGAUCUGGUCGUAUGCUAACAGGUGAAAUUAAAAAGAGGCUUGUUGACGUUCUAACAGAUUUAGUUGAAAGACAUCGACGAGCUAGGGAAGCAGUGACUGAUGAGAUGGUAGAUGCUUUCAUGGCUGUCAGACCACUUCCCAAUAUGUUCAAUUGAAUGGGCAAAGUAUAAUUACCUCUGGAUGUUCAAUUUUUGAGGCUACUAAUCAUUAUUUUCCAUUUACUGAGAUUUUUCUUCUUCAAUUGUAUUCCUGUAGUUUGUUACUCGUUAACUCGUGUUAUGUUUGUAAGAACAACAUCAAGAAGGUGGAUUUGUGGUAAAUUUAAAAUAAUUUAUUUUCUAAUCACUUGUAUUCCCUCUU